AUGUUAACCACUUUAAGACGAGGCGCGUUAGCUCUUGCUAAGAGGCCAGCCGGGAUCGUCGGAGCUCUCGUGCUGGGAAGCCUGGGUGCCGGCGGAGCCGCCAUAGCAGCGACAGACGGCGGUUUGAAGACUGACAGCCGGCAUGUUAAGCGGCUGAUGCUUAGCGCAGAUGGGAUCGUGAGAUCGUCAAGAGCCGUGGGAACGUUCGCUAUUAACAGCAUCGACUACAAGGUGUCGGCAUUGACCAAUUCAUUGGAUAAGCUCAAGAAAGAAGCGCCAGCAGAAUAUGCACGGAUCCGGUCAGAGAUCCACCAGCGAUCAGCGGACAGGAUUCUGCGGCUGUGCGAGGCGAAUCGUGGAAUCUACAUCAAAGCAGGGCAGUUCAUUGCCACUCUGCAGCAGCUGCCUCGGGAGUACCGCACCACCCUCACUGUGCUGCAGGAUCAGGCUCGGGGCCGUCCGUUUUAUGUGAUUGACCGCGUGUUCAAGGAGGAAUUCGGCAAGAGUGCCAAGGAGAUUUUUGUGCAUUUUGAGGAGGAGGCGAUAGCAGCGGCAUCACUAGCGCAGGUGCACCGAGCGACACUGCCGUCAGGGCAGGAAGUAGCAGUGAAGGUGCAAUAUCCACGGCUGGAGGAGCAGGUAGCAACGGACAUCUACACCAUGGGCUUUCUCUCGCGGGCUGUCAAAUGGAUAUUUCCAAACUACCAAUUCAGCUGGAUCGUGCCUCAGUUUCAGGAGAACCUUCAGCAGCAACUUGACUUUGAGAAGGAGGGGCGCAACGCAGAGCUGACAGCAGAGAACUUUGCGCACAAGGAGGAGGUCAAAGUGCCCAAGAUCCUGUGGGACUUCACCACCAAGAGAGUCCUCACAAUGGAGUUCAUGAACGGCUGCAAGAUUGACGAUUUGGAGGGAAUCAAGAAGCAAGGCCUCGACCCUCUAGAGGUGGCAGCGCUGCUAGUGGAGGUGUUUGCAGAGAUGGUCUUCUGUCACGGCCACCUGCAUGGGGACCCCCACCCAGGGAACGUGCUCAUUCAAGCACACGCUCCUGGCACCACCAAGCCUGGACGCAGGAGAUUUGAUAUUGUCCUGCUCGACCACGGCCUUUACAGGGAGAUGGACGACGGCUUUAGAAGGGACUUUUGUCAGCUGUGGCGGUCGCUCAUACUGACGGACAUGGGGGGAGUGCAGCGGUGGGGGGAGCGGCUGGGCGUGGGGGAGUAUUCACGAUUCCUCCCUGCGCUCUUCACUGCAAGACCUUUCCAGAGCAAGACGCGGUGGGGGCAGCGCAUGUCACCUGAAGAGGAGAAGAGUUUGAGGAGGGAGAUCAAGGCGAUCAGCCCACAGGACCUGACGGCGGUUGUGGAGGGGCUUCCCAAGGACAUGUUCCUGGUCAUGCGCACCGACAACCUCAUUCGGCAGCACAUCACAGCGCUGGGAGCGACGCCAAAGCUGAGGCUGCAGAUCAACGGGCGGUUUGCUGUGGCAGGGCUGGCAGUGCAGCAUUCUGAGGAAGGCCACCUGACAUCCAACCUGGCAGCAUACCUGAGGGCACAGCUGGACCUGGCACAUUUGAUGCUCAGAAUCCGUGGCGACGCGGUUGCCGCUGCCGCCACGUGGACCAAUCCCCUUCAGCAGGUCGUCGCGGCGGUCGAGCAAGGCGGCGACGCGGCGGGGCCGCUAGGCGGCGCCGUCUAUUUCGCCGCAGCUUACGCUAUCGCCGCCGUCCUUCUAGUCCCCGCUUCCAUCCUAACCCUCGCGGCGGGCUACCUCUUUGGAGCCGCGCGCGGCACGGCAAUCACUCUAAUCGCCGCGACGCUCGGCGCGUCGGUGGCGUUCCUCGUCGCACGGUACGCGGCGCGGCCGUUCGUGGCGCGGCAGCUCGCGGGGCGGCUCGGGGAAGGGCGGUUCGAGGCGCUGGAUCGCGCAAUCUCAGUGGGCGGGUGGCGUAUUGUGCUGCUGUGCCGACUGUCGCCUAUUUUCCCAUUUUCCAUCUCAAACUACGUGUUUGGUAUCACAGGCAUCGGGUUUUUCGAGUACAUGGCUGCUUCCUCCCUCGGCAUGCUCCCAGCUACUUUUGCCUAUGUCUACCUGGGUGGAGCGGGCCGUGUGGCUCUUGAUGCGGUUACCGAUGCAACCGUAACCACGACUGCUGCUGCUGGUGCUGGGUCUGGGUUGGAUCCGGUGCAGGUGGGGUUGUAUGUGGUGGGGGCAGUGGCAACGCUGCUGGUAACCAGAGAGGUUUCAUCACGUGCGACCAAGGCACUGGAGGAAGCUGCUGCAGAAGCUUCUGCUGAUGCUGCUGGGGCUGCUGCUGCUGCUGCUGCUGCUGCUACUGAUGGAAGGGUGGGUAAGGAGGAAUAG